CUUGUAGUCUGCCUUCUUGGAAAAACAAACCUCCAUCUCAAAUUGAAAGACUGGUAUUGAGUAUUAGACAGUUGAAGCGCAUAACAUGAAAUGCUAAAGCAGCUGUUUGGUCACAUAGAUUCUAGAAGUUAUGAGUGCAUGAGUUGUUUUCUGUCUGUUCCAUGGAAUGUCUGAUCAUUUUUCAUCAAAGCCUGAUGAUCAUAAUCUACCUGAACGUCCUAAUCAAAGGUUUUCUGAAGCAUCAGCAACUUUACACUCAAGCACACCUUCAAAACCGGUGGCGUCAUGUCCACUCGGUCGGCCAAUUCAUAACCUUUCAUUACGAAGAGGAAGCAGCAUCAACACCAGUCAUGAUUUGAAGAGCCCUUCACAUAGGUGGGCUGCCAGCGAUCGAUUGCGACUCAUCCAUUUUCUACAAGAUAUUCAGCUUGACCGAGCCUUAGAUGUACUACCGGAUGACUGCACCUAUGAAGACCUACUUAAAUGUACACUAGAAGAGCUCCGUUCCGUGUUUACUGGGUGCCUCGUGGAAUCCGAAAUAAAUUCCCUUUAUUCAGACCUACAUUCUUAUGCGUCCAGUGGAUAUACAACAGAGUCGCAUUCACGUUCUGAGGAAUGUCAACCUAGACGAUGUUCCGAAACCUGUGCAUCUGAUCAGGUUAAGCAAACGUCCACAGGUGCCCAUCGUCGUUCUCGUCUGCUUCUUGGUUCAUUUUCGUGUGCAUCUUCAGAACCCCAUUCAGAUUGCGCGAAAACUAAGUCUAAUGCAACGAGUUGGGGAACAGCGGGAGGAGAGACGUCUAUUGGUGAAUGCAGUGUAAUCAAAAUGGAUGCAGAACAACCUAAAACUGUAAAACGGGCAUCAUCUCUUAGCUCAGGUGAUAUACCACAAAUCCAACCAAACUACCGCCCAUCUUCCCUGUCCAUAUCAUCAGCUUUAACUGAUAGCCACUCAUUAUCUCUACAGGAAGAUGGUAAUGUAAAUUCCAUUAGUUUUUCGGGACCGUGUUCAACCUAUACUGGCCUGACAACCUCGGAGUUUGGGAAAGAUUUACAAUCACAAAGUGUUUGUGAUAAUCAGUUCAAAGACCACUCGAUAGCGAAUUCUACUCUACCAGUUUCUUGUAAAGUACAAAAACAACAAGCAAAUACAAACCCAUGUUCCGUAAUUUCCAGUGCAUCAUAUUCAAUUCCCAUUUGUCAACAAGUCAGUAAUGAAUUACAGUUGUCUCCAUACUUCUCAAGCCGCUUAUCAAGUUAUGAUGGACAUUCCAUUCCAAGUACUCUCCUACGAAUAAAAGGUAGCUUCAUUGGUCAGUCUGCACCGAACUUGCUGUACUAUAAGCGUGAUCCCAAUUAUAAUCAAUUCGUACACUGUAGAAACUCAUAUCAAAAUGUCUCGUCAGCUUAUACUCCACCUUCAAGUUUAAAAAGCCCUGAAUCAUUCAUCUGUUCAAAGGCUCCUAAUAGCCCGAAGUAUGAAGCGAUUGUUAGACAGUCUAAAGUUUCUACCAAUCAAUCACUACUCGGAUCCACCUCGGGAGCACUUAAGAACAUUGAUGAAAAUACCCAAACACUUACAUCACUUCCUUUUCAUACUCAGCGUCGGAGUAUGUUAGUAAGCGGUUUGGACAGCCUCAGUGGUAGUAGUGGUUGCAUGGCUGAUCGAAGCAUGUCCAGUCCUGCUCCUUCCAAUGAACCUGAUAGUCCAGUUUUUUCUACUGCUUCUCUUGCUCAUAGUGAUAUACCGUACUUUUUAUCACCAAAAAACAGUGUUGUUGCAUAUGAGCCACCACAAUUAACUAGAUCUUCUGAUCUCUCUGGUGAAAAUUCAAAAACAGAAAUGCCAUGUACUCACCAAAGUAGUAGUAAACUACAAGACAAAACUACACCACAGCUAAAAAAACCCCAAGCAAACUGCAAAGCCUUUGCAAGUAAAAAUAUCGAUACUAUUCCUCUUCAAGGGUCGUGUGAUGCAUCUUUGUUUAAUGAGAAACGGAGUUUCAUCCCACGCUUGCAUUUGGGGAGAAAACAUACUCUAGAUCGUCGUCGUUGGUCAUUAGCCUCAUUACCUUCGUCUGGUUAUGGUACAAAUACAUCGGAAAGUGGCAGUCAUUUGUCUCGUAGUCGAUGCUCAUCAAGAGAAAAUGUUUCUUAUGGUCUUCAUCCUCAAACUAACACACUAUAUGCAAAUGAUCGUGGAAUUUCUGCUCGUUCGAAAUACCAAACAUCCAUACAAACUCCAAAUAAAUCCAUACCAAUAGAACGUUCUUAUUCUAUGAGAUCACCUUCAAUAUCUGUUUAUUCACAGUUACCGAAUUUGAAAUCUCCUCUGUCAUUGUCCUCAUCUGCUGGUCAAAAUACAGAAUCACCAAAUUUAUGUUUCAUUUCACGUUCACCAAAGGAAUCAUGUACAACUGAAACAAGAAGUGAUAUUUCAGUUUCUAAUGUUUUACCUUUCCUGUACACUUCAGUUUACAGUGCAGACUCUAAAAGCGUCCCACACACACCUGUUACUCGGGCAUCACCUCGAAUGAACCAUACUUCUAUAAGUGCUGUUCAAACAUGCUACAACUCUAGCUUUGACAGCUGCCGUACCCGUUCACGUAGUUUAAGUCCAUUACGCGUUUCAAAUGUUGGCGGUGAACAAGAUAUCUUGCUUUUAAACCACGUUUAUCGGGAGCGCUUCCCAAAGGCAUCCGCUCACAUGCAAGAACAGUUGGCUUCCCUGGCUGAUGAAAUGGAGCAUAUGGAUACAGUAUCGUGGUCUGCAGUAGCAAGAUUUGUCCAUUGUCAAGUUGUCCAACAUGCACGAGAUUGUUUGCAGAAGGCUCUUUCAGGUCUUGUAACUUGUCGCUAUUUUUAUGAAAUGACUGAAAAUUUGAGCAAACUUGUCGAAGAUACUCGUACUCGUGACUCGGAUUCUAUUCCGCUUGUCGUCACAUUUGUCCGCCGACUACUUUUGAUUAUUGCCCGGCCUGCACGAUUACUCGAAUGUUUAGAGUUCGAUCCGUCUGAAUUCUAUCAAAUGUUAGAAGUUGCUGAAAGUCAUGUACGUCAUCGAACGAACUCCGUUAAUGUACCGGGUUCUCAGAUCAUUUCAGCUGACGUCCCUCUAUACAUUAUUUCGAAGCUUGGUCUCAGUAAAACUGUCUUGGAUGAGUCACAGAAUGUCAAAGCUUCUCAUCUGUGUAGUCCUAAUUUAAAUGAUCCACACCAUUCAGAAAAGUUUAAAUCUGACUCUACCAUAAGAGUUAGAACAACUAGUGGGUCUAACCUGAAUUCAUGCAUGCAUACUGAUGAUGAAAUUGUUUCGCGAACAGCACGUAGCAAUAGUAGUUGUGUUCUAAUUCGUCCACCUUGUGAAGCUGACUUUGAAGUCAUUAAACUGAUAUCUAAUGGCGCUUAUGGUGCUGUUUAUCUCGUAAGACAUAAAAUAACUAGACAACGAUUUAGCUUGAAGAAAAUUCGUAAACAACACUUACAAUUACGUAAUCAAGUUGAACAAGUAUUCGCUGAACGAGAUAUUAUGAGUUUUGCAGACAAUCCAUUUGUUGUUAGUUUAUGUUGUACAUUUGAAACAAAAAAAUGUUUAUGCAUGGUGAUGGAAUAUGUGGAAGGGGGUGAUGUAGCAACUUUAUUAAAACAUAUUGGUGGACCAUUACCAUUAGAUUUGGCUAGAAUGUAUUUUGCUGAAACUGUAUUAGCUCUUGAAUAUUUGCAUAAUUAUGGUAUUGUUCACAGAGAUUUAAAACCAGAUAAUUUGCUAAUAACACAUGAAGGUCACAUAAAGUUAACUGAUUUUGGACUCUCCCGAAUCGGUUUAAUGAAUUUAGCUACUAAUUUAUAUGAGAAAAAUUUGGAUUUAGAAAAGGACUGUAAAAUGUUUCGUGAUAAACAAGUAUUUGGAACUCCAGAAUACAUUGCUCCAGAAGUGAUUCUUCGUCAGGGUUAUGGUAAACCAGUAGAUUGGUGGUCAAUGGGAAUUAUGUUAUACGAAUUUCUCGUAGGAUGCGUCCCGUUUUGUGGUGCCACUAUAGAAGAACUUUUCGAUAAUAUUGUAACAGCACCAAUCGAUUGGCCUGAAGAAGAAGAAUGGAAAGUCACCCCACCAGCUGUAGAUAUAAUAACUAGGCUUCUUGAGCGAGAUCCUCUACUUCGUCUUGGGACUAUCGGGGGUUCAUCCGAAGUUAAAGAAACCGUAUUCUUCUCUGGUCCUGGUGCAGUAGAUUGGAAAAACUUAUUGAGACAAAAAGCGACUUUUGUACCUCAACUUGAACAUGAUGAAGACACUUCGUAUUUUGAUCCGCGUACUGAUCGUUACAAACAUGAUGUGGAAAACGAUGAAGAUGUAUAUAUUCCUAUGGAUUAUGCUGUAUAUAGCAAUAGAUCUUCCCCUGCACCUCAUUUGUCAGUUUCCCGAAAUUUCAGCUUUAAUUCUUCUGCCGAUCAAAGCCUAACGAAUAUCAUCCGACGACCUGCAGCUUCUCGUCUUGGACGCGCUAAACAACAAGCUGCUGAACAUAAACGUAGUCACAGUUUGGGGGAUAGUAAUAAUUUGUUCCUUCGGUCAUUUAAGUCUCGUUCCAAAAGUCGAAGCAUCCGUGAUUCACCUAUAAACACCCCACAGUCAUUUAUGCAUUCAGAACUAAGCAGUUCUAGUUCUCAGCGGUCUUUAUGCCAACAAAAAUAUGAUCCUGAAAAGAUUGAACACGAUUUGGUAACAUCUACUUUAACUGCGGAAUCUGUUGCAAGUCGUAAUGCUUUACACAUAUUACAAAACUUAUCAUUAACCUCUAGCACUAUAGAAAACUCUACGUGCUCAAAGUUAUUAAGUGAGAAUAGCAUUCAUAGUCAACAGUCAUUGACUUCCGGAAUUAAAUUAGAAAAAUUGAAUAUAGAUGUUACUAAAUCCGAAGUUAGUGAUGAUGACCACAGUGACAAUCAAAACAUCACUGAUGACUCACGUACAUUUCAUUAUUUUUCUUCAUAUUCACCUCGUUUCUCUGUUGUUUUGGAACAAGCUAGAAUGAAUGAACUUCGCAACAACUCCAAUACGAGUCUGAACUCUAACGAUGUCGAUUCUGUCAGUGAAAAGAAUCCGCUUCAUACAUCGUCUCCUCGCAUCAAUCUGGCAUCAUCCAAUAAUUUUAAUUUUAAGCGUGUGAAUCCCGAACUUCCUAGAGGGAACUGUAAAUUUGCUCCAGAUGAACAACAGUCAAUUAUAAAUAAACAAAAUAGGAUUUCUUCUGACCAUUCAUUGAAUAAUUUCGAAAGUAACACUAAUACGUCAAAUUUUCAGUCAUCUGAUAUACCAAGUGCUGUUGAAUCUUUCAAAUGUGACCAGUUCAGUUCUGAAAUCGUUAGCCCAAGCGUUGUUAUCCCCUCAAUCACUCACACUAGUACUGAAAGUGCUACUCCCAUCCUGUUAAACGUCAAGGAGUCAGAUAAAUUUUAUGUUAUUCCUGAUGCUAGUAAACAUUCAAAAUCUUCAGAAUCGGAUUCUAAUUCUAGUUUAGAGCUGUUUCAAAAUGAUUCGAGCAUCCGCUUUUCUGGAAACUCUACAAGAGAAGAUGAAGCAACAAUUUAUCAACCAAUUACUCUUGUCUCUUCUGAACCCAUUGAAAAACCUUCACUAAUGUCCAUAAAUUGCCCUAACCCUGAACAUUUUGCUAGUCACACGGCUUCUCAUUCAUCGACUUCAAGUUCAUCUUCAUCUAAAUCCUCACUUUCACUGACAACCCUCACUCCCCACCUAACUCCUCAUACACAAUCAUUAUUCUCUCCUAUAAGUGAGAAUGAUUCUGCUUUACAUAAAGGACCAUGGUUUCUUAAUGUUGAUUUAAAACCAGAUGAAGAACAUUUGAAUGUCUGUCCUUACCAACAUACUCCUCGUCCGUUUAUGUCAUUUAAAAGUACAUCAUCUGUACUCUGUCAAAGUAGUGGAACUUCUGCAACCAAAUCAGAUAUGUAUUGCUCUCAUUCACCAUCCGCAUCUGGACCCUUGCUUUUCAACAAUCCCUCACGUAUUAUACAUUUUCCAGUUUCUCCUGUGGGUCACAAACCUUCUUCUUUGCGAUCUUUCAUGCCUUAUACUCUUGGAAUUCCUCGCCAAGCAAUCAUAAUCAAUAAAGGUAAACAAGGCUUUGGUUUCGUUUUCCGAGCUAUUCGAGUAUUUUUUGGUCUGUCAGAUGCAUAUACAUUGCAUCAUCUUGUACUUGGAGUUGUGCCUCAUGGUCCAGCAGCUAAAGCCGGCCUAAAAGAAGCUGAUCUAAUUCUAAGCGUUAACGAUGUUUCGACAAUCGGAAUGUAUCAUACAGAUGUUGUGAAGCUAAUUUUACAGAGUGGGACUACUCUACGUCUUCAUGCAACUCCUAUUAGUCAAACAUUUAUUCGUUCUGAUGGACCAUAUCGUUCUUCUGGUCGUCUUGUACCACGUGUUACUUCAGCUCAUCUACUGAAUAAUAAUAAUAAUAAUAAUAAUAAUAAUAAUAAUAAUAAUAAUAAUACAAGAUACUCAAGUCAAAUUCCAGAUAAACACACAUGUACAUCUUAUACACCAUGUAAUCCCUUGAUGAGUUGCCAUUCUAAUUCUCCCGAAAUAAUAUCCAAGGAUGUUUCAUCACUACCUUUUGACGGGAAAUCAUAUGCUUCAGUGUGUGCAUCAAGUAAUUCAAGGCAUACUGAUGAAGUUGCUAAACGCAUAACUCGACGUUUGACAAUUAGAGAAGCCCGUCAUCGUCAUUUAAAUAAUGGGGCUUACGAAUCUAAAGUUCAACAUGUACAACCAGAUACCAAUUUAAAUUGUUGUAUUCAUCAAUCAGACUCAAUACCGAACAACGCAUAUAUGGAUAAAUCGAAAAAUUGUUAUUGUCAGCCAGUAACAUGUUCUAAAGGAUCUGCUCAAACCUAUGCUUCUGUUGCUGCUCAACGAUUUGGUAUUUCUCUAGGUCAAACCUCUACACACCCUAUAAGCUCUAACUCAAUCUCUCAAAACAAUAUUAAUUUUUUUCCAGCACAUCGUAGAUCCCUUGAGAAACCUCUUAUUCGUCAGUUGAGUGAACGACAACAUCGAGCUAUGUUUUCCACACCUGAUGAUUUGUCAUUAACGAAUAGUCCUGCAGUGUAUUCCCCUCGCAAUACAAUCCCUUACAGUUCACCUCAUCAAAGUCCUAGGUCUGAUCAUUUUCAGAAACAAAAUGUAUUCAGUUCCCAUAGACCAUCAUUAACUGUCACUUCGAGUUUUUCUGGUUCUUCGUUCUCUUCUGGUUGGUGUUCAGGUGGAGACUUAUCUUCACAUAGUUCUCCGGGUUCUGGUAGUUCAUCUGCUGCAUCAGUUCCUCGACCUUGUGAUUCUUCUCAUUCAUCUCUAAAUCCAUUUCAACAGGGACGUUUUGGUAGCCUACGGGCUUCCUAUCAUUCGGCUACUCAGUUCCUCAAUUCGAAUUUAGAUAACUCAUCAGUGAAAGUGACGUUCGCCCGUCAAGAAGCAGCUAAAUCUACAUUUAUCACACAAAAUUCAAAUGUGUCCCAAUGUAGACACAGCGAUCCUAUUCGACACGCUAAAAUUUCAAAUGAUACUCGAACUGUUAGUUCCGUUGUACCUAACCUUCAAAAUUCCAACAACAAUUUGUCUGCAUCAAUUCAAACUCCUGCUUUUACCCCACCGCCACCACAGACUGCUGUUCAAAAGAUGGACUGUGAUAAAUUUUCAAUUCAAGCAAAUGCUUUAGUAUCAUCAGGUCAAGUUAAGCUACGUAGGCAUAGUCAUCGAUUUGCCGUUCAACAUGUAACUUCGCCAAAAAGUCCAGCUGAAAGUAGUGAUGAAAAAUCCAAGAAUUAUUAACCAGUGUUGAAUUUCUAGUAUUUCGAUGGCAAGAUGUCUUUUUCCUUCUAUUUUUUGUCAAAAUUUACGUUUAUUCAACCAUCAUCCCGAUCAUUUGAGAUGGAAUCGAACAAAUUGAAAUACUGUGAUUGUUAUACAUAUAUAUUUUUUUUCUGAGUACCACUGGUAUUCGAAAUUAUACUCAUGGGGAAACUUGUUACAAUUUUUCAAUGUAAUUCGAUUCUCCCGGUUAUUAUUAACUUGUUAAAUUUCAUGUAUUUCUGUUCAUAUUUCUCUUUAUUCAAUUCACCUUUUGUUGUAUUGCCUUGGUCGUUAUAGUUAUUUUCUCUAUUAUUUAAUGAAUAAUUAGUAUCAUUGUUACUUUAUACAUACAUUACAUAUCUCAAUAAAUUUUUCAUCCAUCAUAUAGUAUUACAAUUUGUUCGUAUUGAAGUUGAUCAUAUAUUAUAUGAUAGCUUCACUAUGCCCCACAUUCCUUGUAAUACAAUACACUCGUGUUUGUUGUAAUAAUACAAUUGUUAUUGAAGCCAGUUACAUUUUUUUAACGGUAUCCAUGGUAUCAGUAUUGUGUUUUUCUUCGUUUAUGACAAUUACUAUAACUUGUGAUCGUGUCUUCCUUUCUUUUCUCUACCAUAACUUUUCAUAAACUGAUCAAUUUAUUUAUGGAUUUCUUUUUUAAAGAGAGUAUGCACAUAAAACUUCCUCACUUAUGUGUAUGUGGGUCUAUGCAAUCAAAAGCUUUUCUUUGUCUAUAUAAACAUAUGUUGCUAAACCUAUUCAUCAACUAAUUAAUUUGUACAGUUCUCUUAAGUUACCCUUGUUUUCUUUGUUUCUUUAUUAUGAUUGGCUUUUUUGUUGAUUGGUUACACAUUAUACGCACUUAUGUUUUAGUCUUUUUCUAAAAUGUAUCGUUAAUUCGUCUUGGCUUUAUUGUUACAUAAUUUGCUGUACUUUUCCAAACAUUGUGUAACCAAGGAAAUUGAAAAAUUCAUUAUUUACCACUUUAUUUAUUUAUAUGCCUCUACCAUUGUUCAUUGGCUCUUCUCUCAAAUUUAUUUCUAUCUGCUAUAUUAUUAUUAACUCCCUGAUUUCAAGUUUUUCAUCUCAUAUAUAUAUAUAUAUAUAUAUAU